UGUCCCACACAGGAAGUCAGCAAGGCCAUUCUACAUGUGUUCAGUGCCAUAACAAAGGAGACUCUCCCCAUAAUGGGAACAGUAACCUUACUGAGGUCCUUUGUGUCCAAACUGAAGUCAGUGGUGUCCCUGCAGCUCGGUAUUCCUGUCAGUUCCUUCAGACUCUCCACUGGGAGCCACCUUCAUCUCUAUGACUGUGACCUGCUCAGUGACUAUGCUGUGCAAGCUGGUAAAUCACAUCUACAAAGCCGUCCAAUCACUGAUACACACACAGACAUUAUACAGAUAAAAAAGUAUGUCUGGACUAUGGAUGGUAUGUUGUGGAUGGUCACGCACUACCACCAGACUUUCAAGUCAGUCCCUCUUUCACACAGAAAUUCCGGAAAAUACAAGGAUAAUGUGUCCCGGGAUCGUUUGAUUGUGGUUCAUUCACACUUACUCUUGGUUUUAAAAUUGUUUGUUAGUAGCAGCAUUGCAAAUCUGGCCUGUUGCGAUCCCAGUGGCAGGAAUCUGCUGCAAAUCGCAAUUCGCCAUAGACGCAGAGAGUGUGUUACCUGUUUAGCUUCAAAACUUUACAUUACUGUCAACUUUCCUGGGUACUCUCUACCAAUGUACAUCUACCUUCAAAUUAAGAUAUGGAUUUGCAGGGCUCAAGCAAGAGAACGCCACUUGUUGGGAAGAAAGCUUGGUGAUCUGGUGCAUGUUGAUGGCUUUCCCAUGCAGAAGAAGUCCUCGAAUCCCAGAGGCUGGGCAUUGAGAGGAUGUAUAGAGGUCAAAGAAUCAUCCUGUGGCUUCCCAGUGACAUCAUCCUUUGUGGGUCCUUCCUGUGUCUGUCAUUACCCUGCUGCUCCACCUUCCCAGAGUGCAUCAGUAGUGCUGCCACAGCUGCAUCCUCCCCAGGCCAUUAAGAGCACAAGACAAGAGCAGAACAUCACUAGAAACAGGGCAUGUGGGGGGAAGAACCCAAGGGAAAUCCUGCCAGCUGAAAAUACCAAUGGGAGCAUGGAGGACUGGUGCAGUAAAGUUCCCCUGCCCCAUUCUUUUCCAGACAUCAGGCACAGGCACUUCCUCAUCAGUAGAUCCUCAAAAUCCGACAAGAUACUUGACGUCCCUCAGGAAACCUUUAAACUGCUUAAUGGACGAACUCUUCGGGAGAAUGCCAUUUACUGUUUGGCCAUUGCUAGUUCUUUCACUGAGAAGCCGUGGCUGCAGCAGCUAGCGCUAGCACAGACACUAGCCAGACGCAGCGUCCAAAGCACUCUGAGAGAUGACCUGGACACCUGCUCUGACAACACUUACAAAACAGAUUACACAAUAAAGUCAGAGCCAACUUGUCCAGAGUGUCAAAAACAUGCUGUCCAGAUUCUGUCUCUAUGA